AUGGAUUAUAGAAAUCGGACUUUGGUGACUGAGGUUUUUUUUGUGGGCUUAACAAGUCCCUUCCAGCAUCAGGUUGUUCUCUUUGCGAUAUUUCUCUUGGUUUAUCUUGUCACUUUUCUGGGAAAUGUGGGGAUGAUCACCCUCAUUCGGAUGGAUCCCCGACUCCACACCCCCAUGUACUUUUUUCUCAGCCACUUGUCCUUUGUGGACAUCUGCUCCUCUUCAGUCACUGGUCCUAAGAUGUUGACUGGUAUCUUUGCGGAGAAAAAAGUAAUCUCUUUCUUGGGUUGUGCUGCUCAGUUAUGGUUUUUUGUUCAGUUUGUAGUGACUGAAUGUUUCCUCCUGGCCUCCAUGGCAUAUGACCGGUACGUGGCCAUCUGUAAGCCCUUGUUGUAUACUCUCAUUAUGUCCCAGCGGGUCUGUGUGCAGCUGGUGGUAGGACCUUAUGCCAUUGGUCUUACGGUUGCCAUGACCCACACGACACUUGCCUUUCGCCUGCCUUACUGUGGCCCCAAAGUCAUCAAUCACUUCUUCUGUGACAUUCUUCCUGUUCUGUCCCUGGCAUGUGCAGACACCCAUGUCAAUCAGUUUGUACUUUUCAUCUUGGCUGGAGGUGUAGGAGUGGUCAGCGGUGUGAUCAUUCUGGUCUCCUACAUUUACAUCGUCAUCGCUAUCCUGGGGAUCCGCUCUGCUGAGGGGAGGCGCAAAGCCUUCUCCACCUGCUCUUCACACCUGACAGCUGUCUCCACCCUGUAUGGGACACUCUUCUUUAUCUAUGUAUGCCCUAGUUCUAGUUUCUCCCUGGACAUCAAUAAAAUGGGCUGCUGUGCCUGUACCCCAGUGGUGGUCAGCCAGGGACCUCUCAGCAGCUUAGGGUUGCUCACCUGCCUUCUGUGGUGGCCCCUCCAGCUUCGGACCAUCAGUGACUCCUGUAGAUCUCCAUACAUUUCCAACCUCACUAACUCCUGUGCUCUGAGCUGGAGAAAUCUUGGGACCCACCAGUUCAUCCAGGGUCAUGUCUCUUAG